GGUCGUAACAAUAGGCGCACUGUGCCGCUGAGUGUGGGCACUGCAGCCAUGCCAAAGCAGUUGGCCCCAGCAGGGGCUUGUUGCUGUGACCAUGAGAGCUUUUCUUGCUGUGCAAGCCAAGGCCCACUAGCUUUGGAAAGUUCAAUAACCUCAACCAGACUCUCACUGAAGCUCAGAAGGCAGAUGGUUGGCACUUCCCCAUGACCAAAGAUCAAGAGUGGGACAAGUACGGCUACGUCGUGCGGGACCAGAUUCGGUUUUCUCUACAUGUCCAAGACGGGCUGCUGGACGUCGUGGAGGAUUAUCUUGAAACUGAGAAGAAGGACCUCAUUGACAUCAACCUUCCUGGCAAUGAUGGCAAAACACCACUCAUGGUUGCAGCCAAGAAUGGUCAUGCCAAGGUUUUAGCAGCCUUGCUGAAAGCUGGAGCUGACAUUGGCUUGGUUGAUCAGUCCAUCAAGGACAAGAAAAUUACAGCAGUUGAGUAUGCCAAAGGAUGGCCUCAUCAAAUUGGGAACGAAAGGCGAGACGACUGCGUGGAAAUCAUUGAGGAGUUCAUGAGGACUGGGCAGGUACCGGAGAUGCUUUCAAUUCCCGAGGCCAAGAAGUGAGCUGGGCGUGGACUGGACUUGGAAUGGCAUGAGGCAACAUAGCCUUCAGCCAUGAUCUUCUUCGAGGU